GCCUCGAUUUGGCAUCAAGAAGUGGAUAUGUACAAGACGCUGCACUGCUCUGCUGGCUCAGAGCUACACCCACGCUCCAGCAUCGAUCGAAAUGCGCUUUCUCACUCUCGCCGCUGGCCUUGUGGCCUCUGUGCUGCCGUUCUUGGCACAAGCACAAUGUAUCAAUGAGCUGGCACAGUUCAAUGCAAAUGUCCGGACAAUGAGCUCUAAUACUACGUGGUUCAUACUUCCAAUUCCCAAGGCAGCUGCCCAGGCCGCAAUCGAUGCUUCCUUCCCUGGCGCAGGUCUUCGAAUGCUCGAUGUGCCGAACGACCCUUCACUAUUCCCUCAAGGCUUUCCUGCAGGCUUCCAACCGGUAUUGGUCAACUCUGGACUCACCGACGACAUCAGGAUGUCCGCUCUACAGAUUGAUGAAGGACUCAUGCAAGGCAACAUUUACGUGACCUAUGUGGGGCAGCGUGGAAGUUCUACGCCCCUGGCAGCAUCGACGAAGGGAUACAUCGCCGGUAUCAACGGACCUUUGCCAAACGGCCUCGUACCAGCAGUCGCAUCGCCUCUCCUCUUCGGCGGCAAUCCACUUCGAUUGGGACAGUUCCAGCCCAAAGGAGCUGCUUACCAACAGAAUGGAAAUGACAUCUUGGGCGCCAGAGUCGCCUGGACCAUCGUACCAAACCCCAUUUCCGGCCCAGGCGUCUAUCCAAAUGCCUUCGACAUGAUCUUCAGAACAGCGCCAUCUUCACGCUACACCGAUAGAACGUUCAAGAGCCUCAUCAAUCAGCCCAUAAUCCUGCCUACCGGUCUGUGUCAGCGCAACACGUACUACUUCAACAAUGCUACUGCGAAUCCAGUGUUCAGGAACGGCAACGUCACUCUUGGCCCUGGAGCCAGUGGAAGCAGCCCUUUCAGCAGCGGUCUUCAGAAGGCGAGUCCGGAUGGGUCAGGAUUCUAUGGCAAUGUUGAUGGAUAUUCGGCAUGUGCGCAGAAUGUUGGAUACAACCCAGAGAACUGCGAGCAAGCUGCCAGGAGCGUUGAUCCGGUUGCAUUGCAGUAGUGGGCUUUGAAUGCUGGAUCUUACUGACCGGUUUCAUGAGGGAUGAACAUAGAUAAACGACUCAUAUUAUUACAUUCCAUGCACAACAAAAUAGCUCUAUUGCUGAGGCUUUCUGCGACGUUCAUCGCUUUCAAGGAUCUACUGCUCCAGUCAGAUCAUAACAAGCCCAUGGCCAC